AUGCCAAGCUUAAAUAAUAUAAAACUAUCUAUAAAUUAACCUCCUUAAUGUUCAAAAUUAUUUAUUACUCGUUCAAGUGACUUAGCACUCAAUGAUAUCUAAGUUACAACAAUAUGUUAGCAAUCAAAUGAUUUUCCUUACAGAUAUUAACUUAAAUUAUUUUUGAGAGAAUCAGAUUUGAUUUGGUUUUUGCAAGGCUAAUCAGACUAUUCUUUAAUUUAUUAUCCAUUUUAGAAUUAAAAUUAUUUCUCAUUUAAGAUUUCUACAUCAGUUGACUUUUCGGCAGUAGGAGUCCUUAUUUAAGUACUUGAUGGUGGAGGAUCGAUAUCUAAUGUUUUUGAAAAGAUUACUUAGAAAUCUGCUAAUAUUAAUUGUACUUCAAUUUAAUAUUAGAAUUAUACCUUAUAAAAUAAGAUAUCAUUAUUAUUUGAAGCAAUGAAUCAGAAUUGUGAUCAAUUACAUAGAAGAAUUUAUCAUGAUUUGCUCUAUUAAUCAAUUUUGCCAGAUUCAAAUGAUAAUAACCUUAAAUUUUAGGCUAUAAAAUUAUAUAAUAAGUUUUUAAAUAAAUCUGUAUCAAUCAAACCUUAAAAUCGGUUAUUAAAUGAAGAAUCUCUAUAAAUGUGCUAUGAUCAAUAUACAACAUACUUUUAUGUUACAAACCCUCCCACUGAAAUUUAGAUAAAUUUAACAUAAAAACUAGAAGGCUUAAAAGAAAAUAUUGUUAAAUUGGAUGCGGCUUUAAUAUAUUUAAAUUAACUAAAGCAGCAAUGUGAAGAGGAACUUCAUCGAAAUAUAUUUGUUUGGAAUGAAGAGAUCUUUUAAUAGUAUGAAAACUCUUAAGAUGGUUUAAUUAAUCUGUUAUACUUUGUUGAUGAUAUAUAUUCAGAUUUCUCAACAGUUGAUAUAAAAAAUGAAACAACUUAUCAAAUGAUAGUUGGAUUAUUAAAAUAUAUUCCUAUGAUAAUAGAGAUCACAUAAAAUACAAUUCUUGUAAACGAUAAGCCUAUUGUCAUUUAAGGAGACUAGAUUCUUUAGUAGAUUAAAAGAAGAACAAAAUAAUUCUUCAAUUAAUAAUUUAAUAUUGAUGCUACAUAAGAAGAUUAUCUAAUAGAUUUUAUUUAAUACGAAUCAACAUAUCUUUUAUCAAAUCCUUUAAGAUUUUCUGCAGAUUUUGAUAAUCUUCUAUAAAAAGAAUUAAAUGAUGAAAGCUUGAAAAUUUACUCUAAAUAUUAUUACUAAAUAAAAUUAAAAAAUGUAUACAAAAACAGGUUUAUUGAAUUUGAAGAUUUUCCUUCUAAAUACAGUACAAAGUUUGGAAACUAUUAAAUAUGCACCAAUGAUACUUAAAUAUUAAAAGUAUAUGAAAUAUAGUGUUUACUAAAAACACUUUCUGGAAAAAUCCAUAAGUGCAAAGUAAAUAGGAUAUUAAAUAAUGAUACAAUGGAGCAAAGUUGCGAAUGUUAUGAAUUUGGAGAUAUUUUUCUUACAACUUCUACUAGUAUUAGUAAAGUAAUUGUAAACAAUACUUAAUAAUAAGAAUUGGAAAUAGAUAAUGUUUUCUCAUUAGAAUAAAUUUUUGUUUUAAUAAUUUGUACUGGUUCUUUGACACUUAUAAACUUUACUAUCUAUAUAUUUUACUUAAUCAAAGAUUGCUAAAACUAGAAAGAUAUCAUUAUUGAAAAAAGUAAUUUGAAUCCCCCAUUUCAUUAGGAUUAAAAGACUCUAAUGUAUUAGGGAAAUUCUAUUGUUUUCAAAGAAAAAUUUAAAGUAAUAAUCAAAUAUAUUAAUAGGAAAUCCAUUAAACAGUCUCAUUAUUUUAUUAUAGCGACUAAGACAUUCAACUUAGUUAUAGAAUUUUAGAAGUAUGCUCUUAAUUCAAUUUGUUAUUAUCUUUAACAAUUCUUGAAUGUUCUAAUUAAACCAAUUAAAUUCAUUUCAUUUUCCUAUUCAUAAUGAUAAAUCCAAUUAUAAUUUUGAUAUUAAGAAUAUUUUAUAAGAUAAUUGAAGCUAUUUAUAGAUUCAGAAGAAUCGCUGCUUUUAUUAGUAACUUUAUUCUAAUAAUGUUAUUAAUGGCACCCAAUCUUAUCUUACUAAUAUUUUUCAAAUUAAGGUAUUUUAAUCUACUAUUUUAGAAUAUAAAUUUAAUAAGAAUAAUAUAUGGUUGCUAUAAUCUUUUUUGGUAACAUUUUAAUAUCACAAAUCCUUAUAGAACCGAUUACAGUUUUUGUUAGAAUCAUUUUUUAUAGAUUGAUAACAACGAGUAUUAAAAAUAUGGAUAUGAAUCCCAUCUAUCAUUUAAUGCACUUUUUUGUAAUGCAUAGUAGUUUAGAAGAAAUAUUUGAAGAGUUUACAAGAAUGUGA